AUGACGGUGAUCACCCCCGGUAUAGACUUCCUCCUGCGCGGGGGUUUCUCUUACAUUUUUCCAAGCGUCGUCUUCGCCAUUGUUCUCAACCAUGUUUCGUAUUCAAACGGCAUCCCAAUUCCGACAGUCGCUCUCGUGCUUAUUGGCCUUUUUGCGACACCAGCGUAUGCGUUCGUGAGGGUGUACACAUCCGAGUGGAAGACGAGGCGCGAAGCGAGGAGGCUCGGUGUCAGGCUUAUACCUAGAGUCAAGGGCGCGUCGGUGGGGAAUUUGGAUGUACUGCGCAAGCUUAUGCGAAACUCUGAGAACGGUUAUCCUGGUGACGGCUCUGCCAGUUUCAUCAAGGAAUAUGGCCCCAUUGUCGAUCUACACAUCUUGUGGGAUUAUGCCGUCGUGACUGUCUGUCCUGAGCACAUUAAAGCCAUGCUGGCGAAGGACUUCAACAAUUUCGAGAAAGGUGCGCGACUUUCGUCCCCUUCGUCUGUCCUACGUAGCUUCACUGAAAUUGAAUAUCUUCCCCAAGGUCAGGAUUUCCGCACCAACAUGAAUUCUGUCCUUGGAACCGGCGUAUUCAACUCUGACGGCGACAUGUGGAAAUUCCACCGUUCCAUGACACGGCCCUUCUUCUCUCGUGAUCGUAUCUCCCACUUUGAUCUAUUCGACCGACAUGCAGAAAUCGUGGUCCAGAAGAUGAGAGAGCGUUCUCGUGAGGGUUUGGCCAUCGACUUCCAAGACUUGAUGGGCCGCUUCACACUCGACUCCGCCACCGAGUUCCUGUUCGGAUCCUGCGUGUACUCUCUUAAUGGCCGUCUGCCUUAUCCGUACGACAAGCAACUGCUCCACUAUUCUGAUUCACAUCCAAGCGAGGAAGUCGCAGAGAAAUUCGCCCACGCUUUCCUGGAGGCGCAACGGAUCAUAUCUAGCCGCGAACAGUUGGGUUGGGUGUGGCCACUGACAGAAAUUUGGGGCGAUAAGACGAAAGAGCACAUGAAAGUCGUCGACGCGUUCAUUGCACCCAUCGUUAAGGAUGCUGUCAAGAAGAAGAGGUUGGCUGAUGAGGAGAAAGGAACCAUCGGCGUUGCGAAGCAGCAGAACGACGAAGUUGCUGAUGAUGAGACGCUGCUGGACCAUUUAGUCAAAUUCACGUCGGACCCGGUCGUCCUGAGGGAUGAGGUGUUGAAUAUCAUGAUAGCAGGCAGAGACACUACUGCUGCGACGCUUACCGUGAUUUUGUACUUCCUCUCCACACAUCCAGCCGUCUUCGCUCGCCUUCGCAACGAAGUAAUUGAGAAGGUCGGGACAAGCAGGAGGCCCACGUUUGAGAAUAUCAGGGAAAUGAAAUUCCUUCGAGCGGUGAUCAACGAGACACUGAGAUUGUACCCUAUCGUUCCCUUCAACGUCCGCACAUCCAUCCAGCCAACCGUCUGGACUUCUCCCGAUCCUACUGAGAAGCCACUAUAUAUACCCGCUAAGACGAAGCUGUCGUACUCAGUUAUGUUGAUGCAUCGGAGGAAGGAUUUGUGGGGUCCGGACGCGGAAGAGUUCGACCCCGAUCGCUUCCUGGACGCUCGUCUCAACAAGUACCUCAUACCCAACAGCUUUGCAUUCCUCCCAUUUAACGCCGGGCCAAGGAUUUGCCUAGGCCAGCAGUUCGCGUAUAAUGAAAUGUCGUUCAUGGUCAUCCGCCUUCUCCAAGCGUUUGAUUCGUUCGCUCUUGACGAAGACGCCCAGCCCCCACACACCAAGCCCAACCCCGCCUGGAAGCAUGACGUCGGGACAAGGAAGGGGAUGGAGAAGUUCUUCCCCAAGGUCGGCCUCACGUUGUACGCUCAUGGUGGACUUUGGAUUAAGACACAAGAAGCCACAGAGUAA